CCCGAGAACCGUGUAGACUUCAGCAACUCCACCGGCGCCAACAUCCACUGCUCUGUACGCGGCCACCCCAAACCCACCGUCGUCUGGGUCCGUGCUGAAGAUGGUACUGCUAUUGGUGAUGUUCCCGGCCUUAGGAAGGUUUUGGCAAAUGGCACUCUUAUGUUCCCUCCUUCCGCGCUGAAGACUACCGCCAGGAGUCCGCCCAGGUCUACCGCUGCCAGGCUACCAACCCUCACGGCACCGUUCACUCCAGGGAUGUCCACGUCAGGGCAGUGGUGCACCAGGAGUACAUGACAGACGUAAGCUUGGAGUACGUGAUCCGGGGUAACUCAGCCAUCCUCAAGUGUAACAUCCCCUCCUUCGUCGCCGACUUCGUCAGCGUACAGUCCUGGGUCACCGAUCAAGGCCAGACUUAUUAUCCCUCUGACGAUUAUGACGGCAAGUACCUCGUCCUGCCUUCUGGCGAAUUGCACAUCCGCUCCGUGAGUUCCGAGGACGGCUUCAAGAGCUACAAGUGUCGCACCGUGCACCGCCUCACCCAGGAGACCCGCCUCUCUGCUACUGCUGGACGUCUUGUCAUCUCCGAUCCGGUGGGGUUCUCGGCGCCCAAGUUCACAUGGGAGGAACGUGUCAACACCCUCCUGACGGUGGUGAAGCCCCUAGGCACCAGCGUCUCCCUCUUCUGUGAGGCUCAAGGCUUCCCCGUCCCUCUUGUGCGGUGGUUCAAGUUCUCAGAAAAUGGUCGCAAGGCUUCAGUUGAAUUGGGAGAACGUGUGAAGCAAGUUGGAGGCACCCUGAUUAUCCGUGAAGCAAAGGUUGAUGAUUCUGGCAAAUACUUGUGUGUUGUCAAUAACUCAGUUGGUGGUGAGAGUGUUGAGACUGUCUUGACUGUUACAGCUCCCCUCAGUGCUCAGGUUGAACCAAGUGUACAGACUGUUGAGUUUGGUCGCCCUGCCACCUUCACCUGCACAUACCGCGGCAACCCCGUCAAAUCUGUUACCUGGCUUAAGGAUGGUGAACCUAUCAAUCACAAGGAAGCAGUGCUGCGCAUUGACAGUGUGGGACGAGAGGACAAGGGCAUGUACCAGUGCUUCGUGAGGAAUGACCAGGAAUCUGCUCAAGCAACAGCUGAACUUAAACUUGGAGGACGAUUUGAACCCCCACAACUGACAUACACCUUUGAGACCUCCACCCUGCAGCCCGGACCCUCAGUGUUCCUCAAGUGUGUGGCAGCCGGAAACCCAACUCCUGAGAUCGCCUGGGAACUUGAUGGCACCCGCCUCUCAAACUCUGAAAGGAUGCAAGUUGGCCAGUACGUGACUGUUAAUGGAGAAGUCGUGAGCCACUUGAAUAUCUCUGCAGUUCACACAAAUGAUGGUGGCCUCUAUGCCUGUGUUGCCUCUUCCACUGUAGGUUCAGUCAAACAUGCAGCCCGACUCAACGUUUACGGAUUGCCUUACAUUAGGCCUAUGGACAAGGUUGCAGUUGUUGCUGGAGAGAACAUGGUUGUCCACUGCCCUGUUGCUGGCUACCCCAUUGAUUCAAUUGUCUGGGAGAAGACUGGCCGAAUGCUUCCCAUCAACCGUCGUCAGAAGACCUUCACCAAUGGCACACUGAUUGUUGAAGCUGUUGGGCGUAACUCAGAUCAGGGAAGGUACACAUGUGUGGCUCGCAACAGUCAGGGAUACACUGCUCGUGGCGAUCUUGAUGUCCAAGUUAUGGAACCCCCACAGAUCUACCCUUUUGUGGUUGCUGGUGAACCUGAUGUAGGAUCAGAGUAUUUGGUGCACUGCAUAGUUGUGGCUGGGGAUUCUCCCAUUAACCUCACCUGGUAUAAGGAUGGUCAGCCCGUCAUUCCUGCAAGGAUGGAUUCAAGUCCCCAUGACCUGUGGCAGGCCCCAGGUGAUCGGCGCGAACGUAGGCAUCCCAUAGAGGACUCUUGUGGACCUCUGUCUGUGAAUGAUAAUGUGACUUCUGAACUCGAUGGUCCUGGUGAUGAAGCCACAGAUGUAGUGAGUGAGAAGGAGGGUGUGGAUCCUCGUGUGGUGGUGAAUCAGCUAGGUGACCGAUACUCGGAGCUAAAGUUCACGGCACUCUGUCCUCACCACUCGGGAAACUACAAGUGUGUGGCAGCCAACCUGGUGGGCUCAGCUGAAUUUUCUGAUACUUUGAUUGUUCGGGUACCACCUCGCUGGAUUGUGGAGCCCACAGACAAGGCAUUUGCCCUGGGAAGUGAUGCCAGACUUGAAUGUAAGGCUGAUGGAUUCCCCAGACCCUCCCUUGGAUGGAAGAAAGCUGCAGGUCGCACUCCUGGAGAUUACCGAGACCUUAGUGUUAACAAUCCCAAUGUUAAGGUGACUGAUGAUGGCACUCUGCAGAUUGGCAAUAUCCAGAAGUCUCAUGAAGGAUACUAUCUGUGUGAAGCCAACAAUGGUAUUGGUGCUGGUCUGUCCACGGUUAUCUACGUCAGGGUACAAGCUCCACCUCAGUUCAAGAUCCAGUAUCGCAAUCAGACUGCCAGCCGAGGAGAUGAUGCCGUUCUGGAGUGUGAAGCUGAAGGAGAAACUCCCAUUGGUAUUCUGUGGAGUAAGAAUAAGCAUAGCAUUGACCCAGCCAACGAGCCAAGGUACACCAUCCGUGAGGAAAUGCGUGGUGGCGGUGUUCACAGCAGCCUCAGCAUUAAGACAACUGACCGAUCAGACUCUGCUGUUUACACCUGUGUGGCCACCAAUGCUUUUGGAAGUGCUGACACCAACAUCAACCUCAUCAUUCAGGAACAUCCAGAACAGCCCAACAGCCUGAAGGUCCUGGACAAGAGUGGUCGCUCUGUGGAACUCUCCUGGACACCUCCCUACGACGGAAACUCUCCCAUCACUCGCUACAUUGUGGAAUAUAAACUGAGCCGCCGAAACUGGGAAACUGAUGGUGAACGCAUGAUGGUACCAGGUGACCAGAACAUGGCCGCUGUGUUGGAUCUUCGCCCAGCAACAACAUACCAUCUUCGCAUUGUCGCAAGGAAUGAAAUUGGUGACUCCGACCCCUCUGACACUGUUACAAUUAUCACUGCUGAAGAAGCUCCCAGCGGCCCCCCACGUGAUCUCAAGGUUGAAGCUGUUGAUCAGAGCUCCCUGCGAGUGACCUGGAAGCAACCUCUGAAGGAGGAAUGGAAUGGUGAUAUUCAGGGUUACCAAGUGGGCUAUCGUCUUGCUGCAUCUAACAACUCCUAUGUUUAUGAGACCGUUGAAUUUAGCAAGGAAAUGGGCAAGGAACAUCACCUCGUCAUCUCCAAACUUAAGGUUUACACAGAAUAUGCUGUAGUUGUAUCUGCUUUCAACAAAAUUGGACAGGGACCAAAAACUGAUGAAAUCCGAGCUUACACUGCAGAAGGUACACCCCAGCAGCCUCCCCAGGAUGUGACUUGCACCACCCUCACCUCCCAGACCAUCCGAGUGUCCUGGUCCUCACCACCUCUUGAAACUGUACAGGGAGUCAUCAAGGGUUACAAGGUCAUUUAUGGACCCUCUGACACCUGGUAUGACGAGGAGAGCAAAGACACCAAGAUCACAGGUUCCACUGAGACUCACCUCCAUGGCCUUCAGAAGUAUACCAACUACAGCCUGCAGGUCCUGGCCUUCACAUCUGGUGGUGAAGGAGUUCGCUCACAGCCCAUCCACUGUCAGACUGACCAAGAUAUCCCAGAGUCACCCACAUCUGUCAAGGCCUUGGUUAUGUCUGAGAACUCAAUUCUUGUGUCUUGGCUGCCACCUGAGCGCCCCAAUGGUAUUAUUACACAGUACACCGUUUACUACAAGGAGCAUGGCAAGAGCGAUACCGAGACUAUUCAGCAAAAGCUACUGGCAUCUCAACUGAGUUAUGAAGCAACUGGACUGAAGCAGCGUGAUGACUAUGUAUUCUGGGUAACGGCCUCCACUACUGUUGGUGAAGGAGAGAUGUCCCAGUUAGUUCACUUGAAGCUCUCUAACAAAGUUCCUGCUAAGAUUGCAUCCUUUGAUGAUGAAUAUUUGGCUACAUACAAGGAAGAUGUGAAACUCAUGUGCCAAGCUGUUGGAUUACCAAACCCUGACAUCAGGUGGACAAUCCGUGGAGAACCCUUCGUCCCUAAUGAUCGCAUGCGACUAUUGUCCGAGGGCUCCCUCCUGAUCCGUGAAGUAUCCCGUGAUGAUGCUGGAGAAUACACCUGCCACGUGGAGAAUCCUUAUGGCCAAGAUACUGUCACCCACAAGCUUCUUAUCCAGGCUCCUCCUCAUCCUCCGGAAAUCACACUUCAGUCCACAACCACCAACAUAAUUGAAGUCAAGAUCAAGCCCUCAGUCAUUGAUGAUACAACCCCCAUCCACGGAUACACCAUCUUUUACAAGCCCGAGUUCAGCACCUGGGAGACUGUACAAGUUCCUUCCGCUACAAGAACCUACACUCUCGAGGGUCUGUGGUGUGGAUCUCGUUAUCAGAUUUAUGCUUCAGCUUAUAACAAGAUUGGAACCGGUGAAUCAUCAGAGAUUCUCAACACUCGCACAAAGGGCAAGAAACCUGAGGUUCCCGAGGUGCAUCGCUUUGUUGAGGUUACCUCCUCCUCCAUCUCCCUUCACCUUAACGCUUGGCUCGAUGGUGGCUGCCCCAUGAACUACUUUGUUGUGGAAUACAAGGCCAGGCAUCAGGCUGAAUGGACAAUGGCCAGCAACCAGGUGAAGCCCACUGGCAACUACGUGAUCAUGGAACUAACACCAGCAACUUGGUACAACCUCCGUAUCUCUGCCCAUAACAACGCUGGCUCCUCAGUGGCUGAAUAUGACUGUGCAACUCUUACACUUACUGGUGCCACGUUGCCGCCGACCGUCAUGGACAGCCACGUAACCUGGCUUCCUGAUUGGUGGCCGAAGUGGCUGGAUCUCAAUGUCCUGGUCCCCGUUAUUGCCACCAUCGUCGUCAUCAUUGUGGGCAUUGUUGUCAUCUGCGUGGCAGUUACUCGUCGCAAGAACGGCAUUGAGAACUUGAGACUGCGAGAGGAAGUGUACCAGCAGUACCAGUACAACGCCAGCAUGCCACCACCUUCCACCAUGGACAAACGUCACCCAGGUUUCCGCGAGGAGCUCGGCUACAUUCCACCACCCAACCGUAAACUCCCACCUGUUCCAGGCUCACAGUAUAAUACUUGCGACCGUAUUAAGCGAGGUGGGGGGUCGGGUCGCGGCACACAUGCCACCUGGGACCCAAGACGCCCAAUGUACGAGGAACUCUCCCUCCAUCCCCCCCCUGGACGACGUAUUCCCCCUGGAGGGCCUCCUCAACCCCGUGGCUCCCAGGACACCCUAAGAUCAGGUGGAGAUGAUGAAAUCUGUCCCUAUGCAACUUUCCACCUGCUUGGAUUCCGUGAGGAAAUGGACCCACAACAGGCUGGCAACAACUUCCAGACAUUCCCCUACCAGAAUGGCCAUGGCUCUCAGCAGAACUUUGUCAACUCUCCUGCUUCUAGGAGUAUGCCACGUCAUGGGUCUGGCAACUACUACAGCUGCGUUACUGGAGACUAUAACUGUGGCCAUACCCCGAACGAAGGCCACCAGCCUCGUCACGGGUCUGGCAACUACUACUCGUGUGUGGCUGGGGAGUAUGGCUCGGGUGGUCCCCCUAGCAGCACCUACUACUCAACUGUCCCUGGUGACAUGACCACCUCACGCAUGAGCAACUCUACCUUCUCCCCAACUUAUGAUGACCCAGCUCGUUCUGACGAGGAGAGUGACCAGUAUGGCGGCUCAACAUAUUCUGGUGGUGGACCUUACGCUCGGGCAAUUGACUCCGUGUCCCAGAGUGGAACUGCUAAACGUUUAAAUGGAGGUCCCCUUCCUGGAGCUGGUUUCUUUUGGCCUCAGGGCAGUGAGCAUAGAUUCUUCAUGAACCGCGGCAGCACCUCUGGCAGCACAGGCCAUGGAUCACCCGAGCCUCCUCCUCCACCUCCUCCACGUAAUGGAGAUCUUCCUCUUGACUCCUCUGGCCUUGCCUCGUCCUUGAAUGACUCAAACAAUUCCACAGCCUCCAAUCAGUUCUCUGAGGCUGAGUGCGAUCAUGAUCUUGUUCAGCGUAACUAUGGAGAGAAACAUAGCGUACAAGCCACUCCAGACUGGAAGAAAGACUCUGGGAUACUUAAAGUCUCCAAAAGAUCAUUGAUUGAUAUGACUAUGAAUGAAGGUGGUACUCAAAGCAGCAACUUUCCUCUUGCAGUGAAGGCUACCAAGAGCACAGAGGAGAUGCGCAAACUCCUGGACAAGAAACUGGUUAAGAGCUAAAUGAAGCAGCAGCCCACAUUCAAAAUGGAGGCUUAAGGAUGGUGAGUGAUGAGAUGAACGUGUGAGGUCCUCCAUACCCCGUUGCAGGACCUCCUCAACCCCCGUGCCAUACAAGGCAACCUGGUUACCACCCCACGUCACUAACCACUGAUCGUUGAUACUGAACACCCCUGUUGAACACAGAUACUCGACACUACACAAGAUAUACUAAACAAGAAUAUAUUAUCGAAAAUUACAAGAAGAAUCUGGCAACCCCUGGAUGCAACACUACUGAAAUAAAAGCACAGAGGUAAUGGAUGGCCUAUGGCUGAGUUCAUACAGAUGACAUGAUACAAAAGGAAUUCAAGACAAAAAGAAUUCAGCAAUUAAGCAAUGAAAAAUCUUUAUGCACCCCUUACGAAGUUGAUGCUCUCUACGUAAGAUUAGAUUUGAAGGCCUGAAAGUAUAAAACUGUCUAGAGUUGACAAGAUGAAGAAAACCUUAGCAGUGAAAGAAAGGCAUAUCUUGGCUAGUUCUUUAUGUGUUCAUAGGGGUGCCCCAAUUCUUCUUUGUUGUUACUGCGUCACAUCCCCCCUCCCCCCCGCUCAUGAGAUUAAUUAACCUGCUGCGGACUCCAUUGUUGUACUCCCUCAUUACCACCGCAAGCCCACGCUGAUUGACGUUUAUGCUUUGAGUGUUUCUUGCAGUGUUGUGUAUCACAUAAUGGUAGCAGUAUUCUUUCUCUGCCCUGUGCUCAGUUUGAAAUCUGAAUAUGAAAGCAAGUGCUUCUGUUGUAGUGUUUUUGCACCGGUAUUUUGAGGGCCACACCGUCAAUAAUGCAUUUAUUAUGCAGUAAAUCCCUACCCAUAGCAGUUAAUGGAUUGUCUUCUGUGGCGAUUGGACCAUAAGUGCUGUGCGAUAGUAUGAAAUGAACUAAGUAUUGCUGUGUGAAUCAUCCAUGACGGUGCUACUUGGAAGUGACUCUCGACUUGUUUGGUGUUCUACGUACUUUGUGAUACGACCCAAGUCUAGUCAAGGGCGGGGGACAAAACUGUGUAUGUUUGCCUGAACCUUUGUGACGCAUAUGUAACCAGUAAGCUCAGUUUUACUAUUUUUUACGAAUUUACCAGCAAGUAGUCCAAUUGAGGAGUGAGACAGAGAGACUGGCAAGAAAAAGGGAUAUAAUCUGGGAGAAGGAGUCAUUUACAUUUAGCUAAAAUGCAGAGUCAACUUCUAGAUCAUGGUUGUUCAGUGAUGCUUGGCUACAGGGGUACAUAUACUGAGAUUCUGCAUUUAUUCACCUUUAAUUAUAUUACAUAUGAUAACCAAGACCAUGACAUGAUUUUAAUGAUAUAUUAAUCACCCAGGUGCAUCCCUGUUAGUGCACAAACCAAAUGCCAUCUCCCUGUCUGCUCACUUGCCGCAGCGUUCCUAGGUGUUGCUUAAUUUCCGCAGCUUGCAAGACAAUAUGUGACUCAACCAGCAAUUUUGGAUCUUACUCAGGGCUACAUUAUGGCACAUUUUAUGCUUGCUAUAAAGGAAAGUUUUAUUAAAAGCUAAAAAUGAGGACAAAAUUGCUGGGUAUCACAAUAUCCACAUAUAAAAUGUAUUGUAAGGCAUCUUGCUAGGUAAUAUUUUAUUUGUAUAUUGAAUUCAUCAGUCUUAGGAACAAGUUGGCGAACUCUCAUUGCCAAUUUAUCAGUUUCUACUUAAAGCUGUUUCCAUUGUAAACAUUUCUUACGAAUAUAAGACAAAAUGUUGACGUGUAAGUAUGUGUGCAUUGCUUCUUCAUAGUGUUAGAACUGUGUGAAAGUGGAUAUUAUAUUAUGAUAGGUAAUAAGUCGUUGCAGAACUGUUGUACUUCUAUGAUACAUAUUGGCAGAUUUCUCAUGCAGGUGUCCGACAAUAGCUGUAACCCUCAAGUCCUUGGAGCAAUGUUUUGGAAGUCUGAGAAAGUUUACAGUUUCAAACAGAUUUAUGUUAGGGUUCUGUUCCAAGAUAUAUGAAAGUACUUGUGUUGUGGUUAUGACUUAUUUAAAGUCAUAAGCUCAGUACAAAAAGUUAAUGUUGCACGAUACCUUGAACCUGCAUAACAUCAGUUUUUAACUAGUGUUGAUCUCAUUCGACUGAAACCUGCCGAUAUCUUCCAUAAGCUCAAGUGUAAUACAUGUAGUUUCUGAUAAAUGUUGCCAGUGUAAUUUAUGCCUGUCCUAAACAAUUAUUCAAAUAUUGAUUUGCAAUUUACUGGUAAUGGAAAUACUGAAGUGCAUUACCACCAGAAUUGUAGAGAAGUCAUGCUUUCUAUCUAUGCAUAUCUAUAAUUUUAUCCCCAAAAUGAUCAGAAAAUAAAUUCCCCAAAAAGUAUAAAAUGCUCAAACUGUUUGAGUAGAUAAAUGAAUGCUUUUUCUACUGCUUUUAGGUAGGAUUAAUUAAUGUUGAAAACUCAGUAUUAGGCAAUAUUGACAUACAUGCAAGGCAUUUAAAGCACAUUUUCUUGGAUUUUCAUUCUACUGACAAUUUUUGUAAUGUAUGUUAAGCAUUGUGUCUGUCUGUUACUGAUUUGUUUGUACCAUUUCUAUACACAUAAGAUAUGUGUGAUUUAAGCUUCAUAGUAGAGAGCGCUUGUCGUUAUCUUGACCAGGGAGGGUGGGUGCUAAUGGGAGGGGGACACUAUGUGGCAUCAAAUUCCAUCUUGGCCAAAGACCAACUAUAGGCUCUUCAUUAAUAUAUCAGCUGAAAAUAAUAAGGUGCAGCGAGACUUAGUUUUGUUACUCAUUCAAUAGUAUCUCGGUGAAAUGAUAUAUUUUUCUUCGAGACCAAUUAUGUAACAUGGUUAAGAUCAUAUACAAUUUAUUCUUUAAAGCAUGAUGAGCCUUUGAAAAUGAGAAUGAUGACUCCAUAGUGAAAUGAUACAUACUCAGAAAAAUCAUUAAAAUGAUACAUUAUACAAACAGUGGACAUAGUGGACAACUACUGUAAAUUCAAAAUGACCGAUGACAUCUCAUUCCUAAAUCUGGCAGUUUUUUAGGGGGAUAAACUUGUCCAGAUCCAGGAAUGAUCACACCAUAGGUGAAGGCUUCAGUUACUUUGAAAUUACAUCAUGUGAUCAGUAUACUGUACUUUCUGACCAUUUAUAAGGAAUCUUCCUUUCAGAAUGAAUAGUAUUGAAAUAUCGAACAAAAUCAUAAACAACAAAUGUAAAUGAGAUGAAAAACUGCACACUAUAGCAGUUGUUUAGGAGAGAAGAGAAUCUCACAGUAUAACAAUAAACAGAGUCCACUCAUACUGUAUUAUGAGGGAACCUUUGGGGAAUUCCAUUUGACAAUGAUGUCCCCCUGCCCAGUAGUUUUGUCUUUCCCUGUAGAUUAGAAUUACACAGCCAUGGUUUCCUUCAGUAAUGUCAAUGUAACCACACAUUAAAGGUUAUUGAUACUUAAACACUGAGAUUGAUAGAUGUUUAAUUAUACUGUAGCGGGUAGGAGAACUUAAAGUAUUACCACUGCAUGAAUUGUACCACAUUGACAUUAUAUAGCCAAGUUUUCAAUGGUAAACAUAAUAUUUGUUUGUUUCAUACAACACAGUGCUCUUACUGGUUGAGCAACGUAGUGUGUGACUGUUAGCUGAUCAAGGGGUGACAUUAUGAAUACAAGAAGUAUGAAUAAUCAGCUAGAAAUUGUGGUCCCAUGAUAUUGCUCAGUAAGGUUCAUUCAUCCUAUGUUUUAUAUAGGAAUAUUGGCUUUCACAAAGCAACAUCUGAGACACACAAUCAUUGAUUAUGUCACUUGUUUACCAGCGAGAAUCCGUUAUAAGCAUUUAAACAUUCUCCAUGUACUCUAACAGCUGUGUUGCUUGAUUAUGUCAGAAGUUACAAAUGGUCAGGGUUUGUGAGCCUGAGUGCUUUAUUGCCUAGGUUUUUGAAAUACUAGUGUAAGUACCACAUUGCAUAUUCUUUCAAUGCAAAGAAUCUGCAUUUAUAAAUGUAUUUAUAAAUAAUAAUGUAUUUAUAAAUACUAAUCUGUCAUAGAAGAUACAGCUAUUGUGAAGAUGGGCAAAUGAGCAUCCAGCUCUCGAAUCUUGUGCAAUUGAAAUUUCUAGAUUCUGUUUCUCGUAUAGUUUUGUGAAAUUGUGUUUGCCUGUGUUAUCAUGGGCUUUAAAUAUCCAAAUCUGCCUAAAGGAAGAAAGAUGGUGUGAGAAUCAGAAAUAAAAUUAUGUAUAAUUUUUAAUAUAAAGAAAUUGUAUAGCAGUGCAUGCACUUGUGGUUGUACUUUCCAAGUGAAAGAUGCUUAAUGAUGUAAGAGUUGUAUGGACUGCAGAAAAGUGUCAGGGUAUUGUUUUCAACGAAAUUGUAGAAUAUUGGGAACAUGUCAAGUUGUAGAGUGAAUGUCUAUUAGUGUUGCCAAAACUAAUGAACUUGACCAUGAAUUUAUUGUAUUAUGCCUUGCUUGGAAGAGUUGAGAAUUAGUGGAUUGUAUUAUUUUACUGCACUUGCAAGAAUAAUCUUAUAAUAGUAAGUAGAAGAGUUAGAUUGGAUAGAACUGAUAUAUUUUAAUUAGGCCAUUGAAAAUUUUUUAAGAAGAAUGUAUUCAUGAUUAUUACUGAUAUUACAAAACCCCGUAAACUCAAGGUCAGCUGGUAAACCCCCAGUACAACAGGGUGAAUCUCACAUAUGAGUGAAAUGUUUAUCUUAUGAUAAUAUUCAAGGCUAGGCUUGAUAAUACUGUACUAUAAAUGGUGAAUGUGGAGAAUGUGAAAAAAUAAAACUAAAAUUAAGAGACUCUUCCUGAGGGCAGAUUACAAGUGUUAUAAGACAGUUCUGGUUAUUUUUCACUUUUCACAAUGAGUAGGUACUUGAAAAUGAUGGCUCUUUAGUGCCUCUACAAUUAGCAAAUUACCCAAUUCAGGGACAAAGUAUCGGUUAACCAGAACCUCUCAUCGCACUUGUAAUUUGUGUUGCGACAAGGGAGUUUGCGCCUUACUGGGUUACUAAUUAAGGCUCAACAUCGCUCGUCACUUCACAUUUUCUACCAAAUAUAGUGUAAACAAUAAUGUAUCAUGAAUAAACCAUGAGAAAUA